AUGUUAUUACAAUUAGAUGAUGCUAUUGAAGCGACGUCCUCGAUCGAACGAUUACAGCGUAGCGGUGGCAGGCAGUACCAGCAAACGAAGGACACCAUUCUAGCGGACGGUCGGCGGAAUGAAGCCAUCAACAGUACCGUUCUCGGCAGGACAGGCCAGAACGCCACCAGGUCUACCGGUGGGCGAACGCACACGCACGUAACCGUUGCGAUGGCACAGGGCAACACCACGCUGGCCGCGGGUCUCGUACCGAAGGUACCGACCGCCACCCUGACAGCCUCCACACCCACCGAACAACCUGCCCGUAAGGCAGACAUAUUAAUCUAUCCAACAGUAUCACCGGAAACGAUCGUCGUACCGAUCCUGUCCUGCAUAGUGGGGUUUCCCAUCUUUGCCCUGCUGGUCAUCUGCUGUCUGCGACGCCGUGCGAAGAUUGCCCGCGAACGUGACCGGCGGCGAAAUUUCGAUCUAAAGGCCAACACCAUUACGCUGGUACGCUUCAAUUCGCACCACCUCAGCAAUCAGCGCUCCAUCCUGCUACAGUCUGGUGACAGCUUGAGCCGUGGAUAUCCGUCGCUCGAUCUGGACACGGUGUACGAGGAGAAGAGUGACACGCACUGCAGCAGUCAGCUCGACUCACCGGCCGCCCAUAUGCUACUGACGGACUCAGCGCCCGAUACGGACAACGAACAGUGCUAG